AUGGAAGAACCAAACGUACCUGAGGUUUUGUUUGUGAACAUGACAAGGACCAGAAACUCAUUUCUUUGGAGAACCAAAAAAGAAAUAUUUCAAAAUACAACACAGUUAAUAGAACACUACGAAAAUUUAAAACCUUGUACAGAAUAUGAAAUUCGGUGUACUUCAAGAAUUUUAGGCUAUGAAAAACGUAGUGAUUCAAUAACAGUUUGGACAAAAUGCCUAGAAAAACCAAACGUACCUGAGAUUAUUUUUGUGAACACGACAAGUAUAGUUAUUGUAGUUCUUCCUACAACAUUGAAUUACACCAGUUAUUAUGAGGAGACAGCAAUUUCUUAUUCUUUCGAAAUUAGGGGACCAGAAACUCAUUCCAUUGGACAAUCAAAAAAAGAAAUAUUUCAAAAUACAACACAGUUAAUAGGACAGUUCGAAAAUUUAAAACCUUGUACAGACUAUGAAAUUUAUUGUACUUCAAGAAUUUUAGGCCAUGAAAAGCAUAGUGAUUCAAUAAAAGUUUGGACAGAAUGCCUAGAAAAACCAAACGUACCUGAGAUUAUUUUUGUGAACACGACAAGUAUAGUUAUUGUAGUUCUUCCUACAACAUUGAAUUACACCAGUUAUUAUGAGAAGACAGCAAUUUCUUAUUCUUUUGAAAUUAGGGGACCAGAAACUCAUUCCAUUGGACAAUCAAAAAAAGAAAUAUUUCAAAAUACAACACAGUUAAUAGGACACUUCGAAAAUUUAGAACCUUGUACAGACUAUGAAAUUUAUUGUACUUCAAGAAUUUUAGGCCAUGAAAAGCAUAGUGAUUCAAUAAAAGUUUGGACAGAAUGCCUAGAAAAACCAAACGUACCUGAGAUUAUUUUUGUGAACACGACAAGUAUAGUUAUUGUAGUUCUUCCUACAACAUUGAAUUACACCAGUUAUUAUGAGAAGACAGCAAUUUCUUAUUCUUUUGAAAUUAGGGGACCAGAAACUCAUUCCGUUGGACAAUCAAAAAAAGAAAUAUUUCAAAAUACAACACAGUUAAUAGGACACUUCGAAAAUUUAGAACCUUGUACAGACUAUGAAAUUUAUUGUACUUCAAGAAUUUUAGGCCAUGAAAAGCAUAGUGAUUCAAUAAAAGUUUGGACAGAAUGCCUAGAAAAACCAAACGUACCUGAGAUUAUUUUUGUGAACACGACAAGUAUAGUUAUUGUAGUUCUUCCUACAACAUUGAAUUACACCAGUUAUUAUGAAGAGACAGCAAUUUCUUAUUCUUUCGAAAUUAAGGGACCAGAAACUCAUUCCAUUGGACAAUCAAAAAAAGAAAUAUUUCAAAAUACAACACAGUUAAUAGGACACUUCGAAAAUUUAAAACCUUGUACAGGAUAUGAAAUUCGGUGUACUUCAAGAAUUCCAGGCCAUGAAAAACAUAGUGAUUCGAUAACAGUUUGGACACAUUGUGAUAAUAAGUCGACUACUAUAUUUAAAAUAUAUAACAUUUUUUGGUUCUUAUUACAUAUAUUGUGCUUUAUGUAUUUAAGUAAUUAAACAAAUCUAGUGUAAUUUUA